GGAGCCCUGGGCUGGGAGAGGACUCAAGGCUGCGUAAGUGAUAAGCUCGGCACGAGAGGGAGCAAGUCUCUACCCGGCCGUCCGCUAGGCCGCAGUGGGGCCACCGCAGAGGCUCGGGUCCCCGGAAGCCCCGCGAGUCACACGCAGAAAUGUGGAACCCCCUUCACGAAACCGACUCGACCUCUGUCGCCUGGCGCCGCCCGCGCUGGCUGUGCGCUGGGGCCCUGGUGCUGGCCGCCAGCCUCUUCGUCCUCGGCUUCCUCUUCGGAUGGUUUAUAAAAUCUCCCAAUGAAGCUGCUAACAUUAGUCCUCAGCAUAAUGUGAAGAAAGCAUUUUUGGAUGAGUUGAAAGCAGAGAACAUCAAGACAUUCUUAUAUAAUUUUACCCGGAUACCACAUUUAGCUGGAACAGAACAGAACUUUCAGCUUGCAAAGCAAAUUCAAUCUCAGUGGAAAGAAUUUGGCCUGGAUUCUGUUGAGUUAGCCCAUUAUGAUGUGCUGUUGUCCUAUCCAAAUAAGACUCGCCCCAACUACAUCUCAAUAAUUGAUGAAGAUGGAAAUGAGAUUUUCAACACAUCAUUAUUUGAACCACCUCCUCCUGGAUAUGAAAAUGUUUCAGAUGUUGUGCCACCUUUUAGUGCCUUCUCUCCACAAGGAAUGCCAGAGGGUGACCUGGUGUAUGUGAACUACGCACGAACCGAAGACUUCUUUAAAUUAGAGCGGGACAUGAAAAUCAAUUGCUCUGGGAAGAUUCUGAUCGCCAGAUAUGGGAAAAUUUUCAGAGGAAAUAAGGUUAAAAAUGCCCAGCUGGCGGGGGCCAAAGGCAUCAUUUUGUACUCAGACCCUGCUGAUUACUUUGCUCCUGGGGUGCAGUCCUAUCCAGAUGGUUGGAAUCUUCCUGGAGGGGGUGUUCAGCGUGGAAAUAUCUUAAAUCUUAAUGGUGCAGGCGACCCUCUCACACCCGGUUACCCAGCAAAUGAAUACGCUUAUAGACUUCAAAUCGCAGAGGCUGUCGGUCUUCCAAGGAUUCCUGUUCAUCCGAUUGGCUACUCUGAUGCACAGAAGCUCCUGGAAAAAAUGGGUGGAUCCGCACCCCCAGAUGACAGUUGGAAAGGAAGUCUCCACGUGCCUUACAAUGUUGGUCCUGGUUUUACUGGAAACUUUUCUACCCAAAAAGUCAAAAUGCACAUCCAUUCCGACAAUAAAGUGAAGAGAAUUUACAAUGUGAUUGGAACUCUCAGAGGGGCGGUGGAACCAGACAGAUAUGUCAUUCUUGGAGGACACCGUGACUCGUGGGUCUUCGGUGGCAUUGACCCUCAGAGUGGAGCAGCUGUGGUUCAUGAAAUUGUCAGGAGUUUUGGAAAGCUGAAAAAAGAAGGAUGGAGGCCGAGAAGAACAGUUUUGUUUGCAAGCUGGGAUGCAGAAGAAUAUGGUCUCCUUGGUUCCACUGAGUGGGCAGAGGAGAAUUCCAGAAUCCUUCAAGAGCGUGGUGUGGCUUAUAUUAAUGCUGAUUCUUCUAUAGAAGGAAACUACACUCUGAGAGUUGAUUGUACCCCCCUGAUGUACAGCCUGGUAUACAACCUAACAAAGGAGCUCCAAAGUCCUGAUGAAGGGUUUGAAGGCAAAUCUCUUUUUGAGAGCUGGAAUGAAAAAAGUCCUUCACCUGAAUUCAGUGGCGUGCCCAGGAUUAGCAAAUUAGGAUCUGGUAAUGAUUUUGAAGUGUUCUUCCAAAGACUUGGAAUUGCUUCAGGCAGAGCACGGUAUACUAAAGAUUGGGUAACCAACAAAUUCAGCAGCUAUCCACUGUAUCACAGUGUCUAUGAAACGUAUGAAUUAGUGGAAAAGUUUUAUGACCCAACUUUUAAGUAUCACCUUGCUGUGGCCCAGGUUCGAGGAGGAAUUGUUUUCGAACUUGCCAAUUCUGUAGUGCUCCCUUUUGACUGUCGAGAUUAUGCUGUAGUUUUAAGAAAUUAUGCUGAUAAACUCUACAAUAUUUCAAUGAACCAUCCACAAGAAAUGAAAGCAUACAGUGUGUCGUUUGAUUCACUCUUCUCUGCAGUGAAGAAUUUUACAGAAAUCGCUUCUAACUUCAGUGAGAGAGUCCAAGACUUGGACAAAAACAAUCCAAUAUUGUUAAGAAUUAUGAAUGAUCAACUGAUGUUUUUGGAACGAGCAUUUAUUGAUCCUUUAGGAUUGCCAGACAGGCCUUUCUACAGGCAUGUCAUCUAUGCUCCAAGCAGCCACAACAAGUACAUGGGGGAGUCAUUCCCAGGGAUCUAUGACGCUCUGUUUGAUAUUGAAAACAAAGUGGAUCCUUCCAAGGCCUGGGGCGAAGUGAAGAGACAGAUUUCUAUUGCAGCCUUCACAGUGCAGGCCGCAGCAGGGACUCUGAGAGAAGUAGCCUAAGAAGUUUCUUCAGAGAACACAUACUGAAUUGCUUUGAUGGCUGUCAGAAAGAAUCAUGAUGAAUGUAUUGAUAAUCUGAAAAAUAAAGUUGUGUACAUAUGUAUACAUAUGUAGAGAUA